CCCACCUUCUUCUCCCUGCGGCGCACAUCCCCACUCCCCACGCCCUCGCCUCACCUUCCUCCCGUGGCCAACUCCUACCUCUCCCACCGCGCAGGCCCGCCCAGCCCCGUCGGCAUCCCCCCGCGCAGCCCCACCCCCCACGGCCACACGCCGCCCCGCCUCCUCUUCCUCGCGACCGAGGCCGCCCUGCCUCCUCUUCCUCCCGCCAGGCGCCGCCCCGCCUCCUCUUCCUCCCGGCCGGCGCCGUCGCGCCUCCACUUCACCACCCCGUCCACCGUCUUCCCCUCGUCGUGCGCCCCCGCAUCUCCCAUCAACGCCUCCCUCCCACCUACCCUCCACCUUUCACUGCCGGUGCCGCUCAAGCGCCCGUCCAACUCCCUCCGUUGACGGAUCCCCCAUGGCCCCUUCCUUCCUCUGCGCGCCGCCGCUCCGGGUCGCGGCCACCGCGUUCCACCAUCAAUUGCACGGGAGCAGCGCGGCCCCUCCCCCCUCACGCGUGGUGGCCGGAUGGCAGGGCCGGCGAGGUCCUGCGUGUCAGAGACGGGAAGGAGCGGCUCCCGCGGCCUCCUCUACCAACCAUCAUGGGCGGAUCCGUCGAUCCUGCGACCUCCUCUGUCGUUGGACUCGCCGGCCCACGACCCCCUCCUCCCCUCUAUUUCCUCUCCUCGAUGGGAGCACCGGGCAUCACCACCCCCUGCCGGAUCCACGAGAUUUGGCCGGAACCGCUGCCAUCGGCCACCGGAGCUGGAUCCUGCAGCCCCAUCCAACUCUCCCUCCUACUGUGAGGCCACCAUCCAUGGGCGACCUCGUAGCAGCACGACCUCGCCUCCACCUACAUCCCUCCCGUCCCCAUCGGAGGCAGCGGCGGGGCUCCCUGCGCUGACUGCAUGCAGCGUGCAGUUCUCCCCACGGGGGCGUGCAGCUCAACCAACAGACGCGUGCAGUUCAGUAACCACGGAGUGCAGUCCAGUCGUCCCCAGCUUGCAGAGCGCCGGGGCAGGCGAUGCAGUUUGGUGCACGUGGCCUUGCAGUUGGCUUUUGGAUUUGCAAGUUGACGCCUUGUGCGCUUCACCGACGAGGUGCAGCCUCAGUUCUGCUCAACCAGUGAUGAAGUCCCGCUGGGUUAAAAAAAGUUGCUGACUUUUAUGUUAAUUGUGUGUACAACCUGUGUAAAAGAAUUGCAAGGCCAAGUUCGUUAUGAAAAAUUAUGCUUAGAUGCGGUUCAGUGUAAAA